UGAGGGAGACGUUAACGUAUUUUUCCUGUUUGGACAUUUAAGGCUCUGAACCUAUUCUUGCCCUACUAAUCUGCUCGCCACGGUGAAGCCAGAGGGAACUUGUGAGAACAGUUCAAACCGACUCCCCCUCCCUUCUUACAGUUGCCGCUGACGUCCCCAUUCUUUGCAGGGCUUUCUUUCAUCUCCCCACCGACCUCAUCCGGGCUCCCUGAGGCCUUUGCCCCUUGCCCCUGCAGGUCCAGAAGACCUGUUUCUGCCGCCCCCACGCCGGCCGCUCCAGGGCCGAAGCGCGGUCUGGGGGCCACACUAGGCCCAGUGGGGGUCCCGGGAGGGUUUUGGCCUUUUUCGUUCUGCUGAGUGGCAGACAGGGCGUUUGGUUUUGGUUUGCGUCCCAUCCGCGAGAACUAGAAAGGGAGGGAAGCGUUAUUUCAGCGCCACCUUAGGCAGCGCAACCGUCGUGCACCGAGCCCACCCUGUGCUUCCACCGAAGCUGCGCGGUGACCACGUCUGCACCCCCCGGGACUCUGCACCUACGCUGCGCGACCAAGAAGUCAGCAAUGUCAUCGGAGCCUCCCCCACCAGUGCCUGCACAGGCCCCCACUCACCAGCCUUCGGGGGGGCUGCUGGACACCCCUCAGGACCGAGAGCGCUCCCCAUCCCCGCUGCGGGGCAACGUGGUCCCAAGCCCCCUGCCCACCCGCCGGACAAGGACAUUUUCUGCAACGGUGCGGGCUUCCCAGGGCCCCGUCUACAAAGGAGUCUGCAAGUGCUUCUGCCGGUCCAAGGGCCACGGCUUCAUCACCCCAGCGGACGGUGGCCCCGACAUCUUUCUGCACAUCUCUGAUGUGGAAGGGGAGUACGUCCCGGUGGAAGGUGACGAGGUCACCUAUAAGAUGUGCUCCAUCCCGCCCAAGAAUGAGAAGCUACAGGCUGUGGAAGUGGUCAUAACUCACCUGGCACCAGGCACCAAGCACGAGACCUGGUCUGGGCACGUCGUCAGCUCCUAGGAGUCCCAGGAGCACUCCUCCUCCUGGGCUUGGGGGAGACUUUGGGAGGAGGCGGGGCCAUGAUGGAGAUGACAUUCUCCUGCACAAGAUGGGGUUCAGGGGUGGGACAUGGUCCCUUUCAAGUAUCCCCUAGAGGAAGGGGACCUGAGGGCAGGCAUGCGGUGCUCUCGGCCACCAGCACAGCCUCCACCAUCAUCUCAGCAAGUUCUUGCCAUCUGAAAAGCAUUAAAGGCAUUUGAAAAGGCGAGGCACCCCUAGUGGCUGAGCAGAGAGGGUCCAGCCCCAGCCCAAGGGGUGGGUUGGAGGUGGUUUUUCCUCAACUGCCUGGAGCCCCUCUUCUCCAUUUCUUUGACUUAGAGGCUAAAAAUCCCCAGAUCUGUGUGGUCCAUAGGGGGUGACUUCCCCCCAGUGCCCCCCCCAUCUCUGCUGGGGUCCGGGCAGAGCAGUUUGCUAAUUCUCUGGUUGGCUGUAGGGGAUCUGGCUUGUGGGCAUGGGGGGCUUUUGGAUUGAGAGACUUUGCUUUUUGGUGCCUUGCAAUGGGGCACUACCACCACCUGUCUAGGAAGACGGUGCCUCUAGGACAGUGUUGGCGAACCUUUUAGAGUUUUCCGUGAUACAAACAGCCCGCUGUGGAACGGGUGCCAUAGGUUUGCCACCACUGCUCUAGGAGCUCCUGCCAAGGGCCUGCAGUGCACUGGGCUUUUCCACAUCUUUCUGGUGAGUGGUCCCCCUCUGCAGCCAUUGAGAACUUGUCAUUUAAGACACCACUUUGGGGUGGCCAUGGGGGUGGAUUAGAAGAGGCUGUGGGAGGAAGGCUUGUGGAGAGGGGCAACUUUGUUUCAAGAACAGAACUUUCCUGAUCUAGAAGAGUAGGUAUAGGUAGCAUGUGUUCUGAUACCCAGAUAAAGUUAAAAGUUGGAGAAACAUGCUUUCAGUGGUGGUGGUGGUUUUUAAAUGCUUAGUUUUUGGGUUUUUUAAAUAACAAAGCUCUCUUCCCCAGAGCCACCUGAUAGAUCCUUAGGAUUUCUUUUGUAGUGGUUUGGUUUGACUCUAGGUGUGAUUUGAAAAUAGUUGGGCAGUAUGUUUUCAAAUUCGUGGCCUAAACCAGUUAAGGAUUCGCUUGUCCAUGCAGGGGGGCUGGCCUGUGAAAUGGCUUGGUGGGGGGGGCUUGAGGAUGGGAGGGUCAUUUUGAUGCCGGAAGCACUGACAGCCUCAAGUGUCUUACUUGGGGUGUGUUUGGCCUACCUGAUAAGGCUGUGUCUGAAAGGGGAUGGAGGGCUAGAACCUUUCUGCUUCUAACUGGUGGAGCUGUUAUAAGUGUGUUGGUUGGGUGUGUGCGUAAGUUGCUCAUUUUUUGUUGCCUGUGGUGCCCCUUGAAGGAUACCAUUCCCUUCUGUGCUGCCCUCUGCAGGCCCCAAGGUGUCCUUUUUUCUGCUGGGUCAAAGGUGGCCUUGGUGCCUCCCCUGUGGCACCUCCCUUGAGGCCUGUGUUUGAUACAGACCGCACACCCAAGCCACUUCUGCCGAGAGGGCUGAGAGCUCCUGAGGUUGAGAAUCUUCAGUCGCCUCCUUCCUUCCCCCAAGCGUCUGUAUUGCUUUGUUUUUGCCUUGGCAUCUGGUCACUGUGACCUGCAGUGGCCCCUACACUGGUGUCCCAGUGGACUGGGCCCCACAGUGAGCUUGGGAGCCACAUUCUUCUGUCAGUGACCUUUGGAUUCUCUCAUUUGGCAGAAUACUUUGUCAACAGCUUUCUAGGUGACCACACUUUUUCAGUCCAUGAGUAUUCUAGAACUGCAGGAUAUGGGAGCUGAAAGAGAUAUGCUCUGCUCUCACUCGGAGACUCCAUUUACUGACGGGGAGGGACUCAGGGUGCUGGGGGAUGGAUCUGGGAACAGACUGCAGGAUUCCCAGAUUCAGAUCUUGCUUCCCAAUAGCCACUUUUCAAUAAACUUUGUUUUGUGUAA